GUGUAGCCUUCUGUUCUAUUGAUUUGUGACCAUGCGUGAAUACAGUGAAAGCAAGGAGACAUGUAUGACCAUCUGUCUCAAAUACCUGCUGUUCAUCUUCAACUUCUUCUUCUGGCUGGCAGGAGGAGCUGUGAUGGCAGUGGGCAUCUGGACCCUGGCUGAGAAGAGUGACUACAUUAGUCUCUUGCAGUCCAAUAUAUACCUGGCAACAGCCUACAUUCUGGUGGUGGCAGGUGCCGUUGUCAUGAUUACUGGCAUAUUGGGUUGCUGUGCAACCUUCAGGGAACAACGGACCCUGCUGAAAGUGGUGAGUUAUUUAAAUGGACAUCUGGAACCCAGAAUGCAAAGGGGAACGUGUUUAGUCAAACAAAAGGCAAGCUAAAUUAGGAAAAAAACC